GGGCUGAGCGGCCGGCGAUGGGGACCCAACAUCCCAGCCAGCGCCGGCACCCCCGGCACCUGACAUGAGCCCCUGCGGGCCCCUCAACCUGAGCCUGGCCGGCGAGGCGACCACUUGCGCGGCGCCCAGGGGCCCCAACACGUCGGCCGUGCCGCCGUCGGGUGGCUCCGGCGCGUCGCCCGCGCUGCCCAUCUUCUCCAUGACACUGGGCGCUGUGUCCAACUUGCUGGCGCUGGCGCUGCUGGCCCAGGCCGCGGGCCGCCUGCGGCGCCGCCGCUCAGCGGCCACCUUCCUUCUGUUCGUCGCCAGCCUGCUGGUCACCGACCUGGCGGGCCACGUGAUCCCGGGCGCGCUGGUGCUGCGCCUCUACGCCACGGGGCGCGCGCCGGCCGGUGGAGCCUGCCACUUCCUGGGCGGCUGCAUGGUCUUCUUCGGCCUGUGCCCGCUGCUUCUGGGCUGUGGCAUGGCCGUGGAGCGCUGGGUGGGCGUCACGCGACCGCUGCUCCACGCGGCCCGGGUCUCGGCGGCCCGCGCGCGCCUGGCGCUGGCCGCUCUGGCCUCCGUCGCCUUGGCCGUGGCGCUGCUGCCGCUGGCGCGCGUGGGCCGCUACGAGCUGCAGUACCCCGGCACCUGGUGCUUCAUCGGCCUGGGCCCGCCGGGCGGCUGGCGCCAGGCGCUGCUCGCCGGCCUCUUCGCCGGCCUCGGCCUGGCCGCGCUCCUCGCAGCGCUCGCGUGCAACACGCUGAGCGGCCUGACCCUGCUGCGCGCCCGCUGGCGCCGCCGCUCCGCACGGCUCCCCUCGGCCUCUGGCCCCGACAGCCGCCGUCGCUGGGGGUUGCGCGGACCCCGCUCGGCUUCCGCCUCGUCCGCCUCGUCCAUCGCUUCGGCCUCCGUCGCCUUUGGCGGCUCCCGGGGCGGCGGCUCAGCACGCAGAGCCCGCGCCCACGACGUGGAGAUGGUGGGCCAGCUCGUGGGCAUCAUGGUGGUCUCGUGCAUCUGCUGGAGCCCGCUGCUGGUGUUGGUGGUGCUGGCCGUCGGGGGCUGGAGUUCCAGCUCCCUGCAGCGGCCGCUGUUUCUGGCCGUGCGCCUUGCGUCUUGGAACCAGAUCCUGGACCCCUGGGUGUACAUCCUGCUCCGCCAGGCCGUGCUGCGCCAGCUGCUUCGCCUCCUGCACCCGAGGGGCAGCGCCAAAGGCGGCCCGUCGGUGCUGGGCCUGACCUGGGGCACUUGGGAGGCCAGCUCCCUGCGCAGCUCCCGGCACAGUGGCCUCAGCCACUUUUAAGCGCGCCCGGAAGCCGAGCGGCUAAGCCAGCCCACCCUAGGCCGGGCCCAGGUCCGCAGUGCAGAGCCUUUGAGGAAUAAAGCCAUU